CUCGCCUGCGGGGUGAAGCGGCGCCUGAACAGAGCCGCGAAAAACGUUAAGGAAAACUCCAUACACCGUACCCCACAUAUUUGCAGAAACACCCCACCUCGACGAGAAGCUAUAAUUUUCUUCAACAACCAGAGAUACUGCGCCAUCAAUCCCACACCCUUAGAUACGAUCCAGAAAUUCUACACCUGCCGAGGGCCGGCAUUCAACGAUGGCUGCCGAUACAGACGCCAGUGCCCCCACCACCUCUACCAGUGAAGACAACCUCGUGUUGGCUCUGACGGGUAGCUCUACUACUUUGCGGACUCAGAGCCUUGCGCAGCUGAAUGAACGUAUUAAGCGUGGCGAGCUGCCGCUUGAGCAGAUCGGAUCCGUGCUGCGACUGCUCUUCACGAGCCAUCCAUACUACAUUGAUCGGCCGUCACGCAAAGCGGUACGGAAAUGCUUCGAGUCGUUCUGCAAGACGGAAAAGUACUCAGAGGCCUUUGUGAAGCGCAUCAUCCCGGCGAUCAAGAACGAAUCCCAGAAACGCGGCAUUGCCGCGUCAAAUGCGUUUGUUCUCCUCGAAUGGACUUCCGAGCUGUUUCCACAUCUCGCCGCUCUCGGGGAUGCUUCGGGUGCUCCGUUCUCGGACCUUUUGGUGGCUAUGGUGUCUUUGCUGGAUCUCUGUCUGGGCUCCACCGCGAAGCAUAGCAUGAAGGAGCAGGCAUUGCGCACUACGAGACGGGGACUCCGGACCGCCUUCAAGGGUGAGGGCUUUGAGGCGAUCAUUACAGGCAUGGUGGAAAAGCUCGCGGCCAAGGGCUCCUGUCCGACACAUAAGAACGCAUUACUCUUGGGCGUUGUCUGCGGUGUGUCCGCUAGGCUUCCGAAGCCCAAAGAAGUGUUGACGGGCGUCAAGAAGGAUAUCUUCGCAUUCUACACACGAGAGAUUCUUGGAUCGCGAACAAUUAUUCCAAAUCAUAUUUCCGGUGCCCUGGAGGACUUCUUCUCAAACUUCGUUUCCGGCGAGGAGUUUGAGGCCGAGCUUCUGCCACCCCUCGAAAAGGGAUUGCUACGGUCGCCCGAGAUCUUACUCAACGACGUGGUGUCGCCACUGCUGUGCUCACUCUCUGCGGAGAUUGAUCUUGCGAAACCUCUGCACGAGAAACUGUUGAAGCAGUUCCUCUCAUGCAUCAAAUCCACUAAUCCUGUCAUCCGGAAUGGUGCGGCAUCAGCAUUCAAGACAGCCGUGGGAAAAUCCAAGGACGAGGCCGUGCUUGAGAAAGUUACGACUGAGAUCCUCGGUCCCUUGAAAACCGGCAAGAUCUCAUCAGCGGAUCAGAGAGUGUUGUACGCUCACAUGUUGGACACACUUCCCUUGUCGACAGUUUUAUCCAACCUGGUUCCUACUGGAUUGGCUGGCCUGGUGGUUAAGGAACCCAACGAGGCUACGGUUACGGCAAUUGUCUCCACCUUUGUCAGGCAUCUGUCCUACGGCCUCAAGGGUGACGCGGCCAUCGACAAAUCGAUUGUGGAUGCCAUAAACAAGGGCUUGACCGAUAAACGGCCUACUGUACGACGAACGUGGUUCACCAAAAUCGGCAGUAUGAUCUGGGAUGUUUCCGGAGAUGCAUCCGCGGGUUUCCGGGAGUUCUGUCAAGGUAUCGCCGGAAAGCUUUCCGAGGUUUUCAACGAAGUUGCAGCAAACCCCACGCCUGCCACGCAGAGUGGUCUUGUCGUCGCUGGCUAUGUCGUCGCCGCGGUUGCUCUCGAUCGGUUCUCGGCCUGGAACGACCCGAAGAUUGGUUCCCUGAUCAAGAAUGCCAACAUCGCAGAGGCUUGUCUUGCUGUGACUCCCAAGGUCUCCUUCUUGCUCAACCCCAAGGUUUACUCGAAGCUCUCGUCUGAUGAAGAUCACCGAUGGGCAAUCCGAGCCCUCGCCGCGACUGCGAGCUAUGUCAUCUAUGAGAAGAGCCACUCGGACAUGUGGGCUUCUGCCUUCUUGUACCUGAUUUCCACAGCCUCCGCCAGCCCUCAAUGCCGUAAAGAAGCUACAGCUGCUCUUGCAACAGUGUACCUCAAGCACCCGGAGGCCAUUGGUAAGAUUAUUUUGAGCGGAGUAUGGCAGUGGGUGAAGCAAUUGGAGCAUGGUUAUAAGGAUACACCGGCGGCUUUAUCGAAAACGAGAGGAAUCUACUUGAAGAGCGCGAUAUAUGCAAUAGCACUACCAGCCAAUGUUGCAAGUGGGGGAUUGGAAGUCGGUGCUGUUCGCGACGAAGAAACGGUGAAGAGCCUUCUCGUGGACCUUACUGUCAUCUCCCACCACGAGCUUGUCGGCGUGGAUUGGAUCAAUCUCUGCCAGAGAUCAAAUGUUGACCCCGGACAACUGUCGGCGGAGAAAGCGUCAAGGCUGGUCAACGAGAUCAAGAUGUACACGGGACUGAGUGGAAGGUCGGUGUACAUCAUGGACGCGGCACUAAAAGCAACUGCUACUUUGGCCUUUGUCGCACCAGAAACAAUCACACCUCUAAUUGUCAAGCUGCUGGAAAGCGACCUGGAUCCUGCCCUCCUCAAGGGCAUCGGCCCAACCGAGGUUUCGAUCUGGAGAACACCUGCUGGAACUGGAAUCCCUUUCGUUGACGUACUGGCGAAAUCUGGACCCAAGAUUGUGGAGAAAUCCAAGGAUGCUGAAACCCUCAAAUGGGAGGCCGAGCUCAGGGCUCAACUUGCUCAGAAGAAAGGCUCCGAGCGGAAACUGACAGCCGACGAAAAAGUAAGGGUAGAGGAGCAACUCGCGAAGGAGGCGGUCAUCAGAACCAGGCUUUCGGAAAUAGAAGUACGGCUUAGUCGAGGCGUUGGUAUUAUCCAACAUCUCGCCGAGGGAGCUCCCACUGCCGUAGAGAUUUGGAUGUAUAAGGCGGUGAAGGCUCUCCUGCAGAGUUUGGAGGCAGGUGCGGGAAUGAUAGUUCAGGAUAAAGGAAUCAAAGCUUUUCUCGCUUGUUCAGAGCAUGUAUCUCCAAGACUGGGUGCUUUGAGGCCGUUCAUUGGUAUUGCCAGUCUCCGAGCCUUGGGUGUAGGGGAAAUUCCCGAGGAGUACUGUGAAGAAACGCUUGGGGCCCAAGCAAUGCGUCUCCUGUACAGACUUCGAGUCUCCGGAGAACAGCGUCCAUUCGAUACGACUUCGUUGUUUUACAUCCUGCCCAUGGUUUUGUUGACCAUGAACAAGGGGGGACUUGGUGCCGAGUCCCAAGAUGAGGUGGAUGAACAAGUUGUGCUGGCAUUGGACUUCAUUGCUUUCCAUACCCAAGUUUGCUCGAGCCCACUGCUGCCACGAGAUGAGGUGCUUCAGUGCUUGAUUUUCUCGAUGCAGCGGUACUCUGCCCUCUACAAGCCAUUCAAGGACUGCUUCCUGGAUAUGUGUCGAUGCAUAUCUGACUCCAUCACCGACGAUGAAAUUGAUAUUCUCAUCAACGGGACCAUCAACCCGGAAGUCAACGUCCGGACAGCAUGUUUACAGGCAAUCGACGCAGAAAUAGAUCUCACGCACCUCGAAUUCUCCGAGAAGUUGUGGCUGGCAUGCCACGACGAAGUGGAACAAAACGUGGAGAUUGCGCAGACGAUAUGGGAAGAGAGCAGCAUGGCAGCUACGAAGGAUACCGCCCUCAAAAUGAUACCCUAUUUGGAUUCCCAGGACAAGCAGCUCCGUGGAGCUGCUUCGAGAGCGUUGGCCGCUGCCGUCCACUCGUUCCCUGAGUCUUCUAACGACGUUGUCGCGGCGCUGGUAAACCUGUACCGCGAAAAGGCGAAACCUUUGGUGCCGCAGUACGACGAGUAUGGCAUGCUCAAGAAGAGUGAUAACAAGGACCCAUGGGAGGCUCGAAGUGGUGUUGCCUUGGCGCUGAAGGCACUGGCAGAGCUGUUCGAUCACAACAAGCUGGUCGAAUUUUCCCGAUUCUUGAUCGAUGAGGGUGCCUUGGCCGACCGAUAUCCCUUGGUGAGGGACGAAAUGAUCGAUGCCGCGUCGUCUAUCAUCAACGCGCAGGGUGCGCACCAGAUUGAGGAGCUCAUGCAAAUAUUCGAAGGGACCCUGGAGGCUCCCGAUGAUGGUUCUGCGGUGCGAGACAGAAUCAACGAGGCGGUGAUUAUCCUUUACGGUGCACUGGGUAGACAUUUGGGUGCCGGAGAUCCUAGAAUUUCCGCCGUCAUCGAAAGGUUGCUGGCAACACUCGAAGUGCCCAGUGAGACUGUUCAGUACGCUGUCGCCGAGUGUCUACCGCCGCUGAUCAAAGCAUUGAGAGAGAAGGCAUCUGGCUAUAUUCAACAGAUGUUGGAGCAGCUCUUUAACGCGAAAGCCUAUGCUGCAAGACGUGGUGCAGCAUAUGGUCUCGCCGGUAUCAUCAAGGGAUGCGGUAUCUCAGCGUUGAAGGACUUCAGGGUUAUGCAGAGUCUGCGAGCAGCGAUCGAAGACAAGAAAAGCACUAGCUCCCGACAGGGAGCCCUCUUUGCGUUCGAGCUCUUUUCUUUGAUCCUCGGGCGUGUUUUCGAGCCAUACGUCAUUCAGAUCUUGCCUAUGCUGCUCUCAAGUUUCGGUGAUCCAGUGAUCGACGUGCGAGAAGCAUGCUCAGACGCGGCGAAGGUGUGCUUUUCCAGUCUCAGCUCUUACGGUGUCAAGGUCAUUCUACCGGAUCUCUUGGAAGGCUUGGACGAUCAGGCCUGGCGAAGCAAGAAGGGUGCUUGCGAAACUCUUGGAGCUAUGGCUUAUCUCGCGCCUCAUCAACUGGCCAUCAGUCUACCGGAGAUCAUUCCUCCGUUGACGACUGUGCUCAAUGACUCCCAUAAAGAAGUUAGAGCCGCAGCGAAUAGGAGUUUGAAGAAGUUCGGCGAAGUCAUCAGCAAUCCCGAGAUCAAGGCUCUCACGAGCAUUCUUCUCAAGGCUCUCAGCGACCCUACGAAGUAUACCGACGAAGCUUUGGAUCAGUUGCUCAAGGUGCAAUUCGUCCAUUACUUGGACUCGCCCUCGCUUGCGCUGGUUGCUCGUAUUUUGGAACGUGGACUGAAUGACAGAUCAACCACCAAGCGAAAAGCCGCCCAGAUUAUCGGAUCAUUGGCACAUCUUACCGAGAGGAAGGACUUGAUGGUGCACAUCCCGAUCUUGGUCGGUGGCUUGAAGCAGGCCAUUGUGGAUCCUGUUCCCUCGACUCGUGCCACGGCAUCCAAGGCCCUGGGUUCGCUGAUCGAGAAGCUCGGAGAGGAUGCUCUGCCAGACAUCAUCCCUGGACUGAUGAACACUCUGAAAUCGGACACCGGCGCAGGAGACCGUCUGGGUUCUGCCCAAGCACUGUCAGAAGUAUUGGCCGGACUGGGUACUCAGCGUCUGGAGGAGACUCUGCCUACGAUUCUCCAGAACGCCGGCAGCUCGAAAGCCGCAGUGCGGGAAGGUUUCAUGUCGCUGUUCAUCUUCUUGCCGGCCUGCUUCGGAAACUCUUUCAGUGCAUACCUCAACCGUAUCAUUCCCCCGAUUCUCGCGGGUCUUGCGGAUGAUGUCGAAAGCAUUCGGGAGACCUCGCUCAGGGCUGGUCGUCUGCUCGUCAAGAACUUCGCGACUAGGGCUAUUGAUCUGUUGCUACCUGAGCUGGAGCGUGGUCUUGCUGACUCGAACCACCGCAUUCGUCUUUCCUCCGUUGAGUUGGUCGGCGAUCUACUCUUCAACCUCACGGGUAUCACGAAGACGGAUGAUAUGGAGGAAGACGAGGAGGCCUCCGGUGAAAUCAACAACUCGCUGCUGGAGAUCCUCGGACAAGAGAAGCGGGAUAAGGUCCUCUCUGCUUUGUACAUCUGCCGCUGCGAUACCAGUGGUCAAGUCAGGCUUGCCGCUGUUGGAGUAUGGAAGGCUUUGGUCUCCAGCCAGAAGACGCUCAAGGAGCUGGUUCCUGCACUUACUCAACUCAUCAUCAGGCGGUUGGCUAGCUCGGAUCUCGAACAGAGGGUCAUUGCUUCGCAAGCUCUCGGAGAGCUCAUUCGCAAGGCCGGUGAAGGAGUUUUGUCGACGCUUCUGCCCUCGCUUGACGAUGGACUGAAGCUAGCAACUGAUCCGGAUUCCAAGCAGGGUAUUUGCAUUGCCCUCAAGGAGUUGAUCGUUUCUACAGUACCCGAGGCUUUGGAGCCCUACGAGAGCACGCUCGUAUCUAUCGUUCGGACUGCCCUGGUCGAUUCCAACGGCGAUGUUAGAGAGGCGGCGGCCGAAGCAUUUGAAACUCUUCAGAAAGUCAUUGGAAAGAGAGCGGUCGACCAGGUGCUACCUCAUCUGCUCAGCCUUCUUCAGUCGGAGGACGACGCAGACAAUGCACUGGCUGCACUUCUUACCCUUCUCACGGAGCAGACGAGGUCGAACAUCAUCUUGCCGGUUCUCAUCCCGACAUUGCUGUCACCGCCUAUCACGCGUUUCAACGCAAAGGCGCUGGCAUCACUCGCUCGUGUCGCUGGCUCGGCAUUGAACAGACGCCUCCCGCACAUCAUGAACGCUUUGAUGGAUGCUAUUGUUGCAAGCAAGGAUGCAGAGCUGCUCGAGGAUCUCGGCGAAUCAUUCGAUGCCGUGAUUCUCUCCGUCGACGAGUUCGAUGGUCUGAACACUACGAUGAUCGAGAUGCUGAAGCUGGUCAAGCACGAUGACCAUCGCAAGCGUGCGGUUGCUUGCAAUCACUUCGCGAAAUUCUUUGCUGAAACGGACUUGGACUACAGCCGAUACCUACAGGACUGCAUCCGCGCCCUGCUUAUCUCGUUUGACGAUUCGGAUAAGGAGGUGGUCAAGGCUGCAUGGAAUGCCCUCAACGAGCUUACCAAGAAGCUUCGGAAGGAGGAGAUGGAGUCACUCGUGUUCUCCACCAGACAGGUCUUGCAGCAGGUUGGGGUCAAGGGCGCCAACUUGCCAGGUUUCCAACUGCCAAAGGGAAUCAACGCCAUUCUUCCAAUCUUCUUACAAGGUCUGAUGUAUGGAACUCCCGAGCAACGCACUCAGUCUGCACUCGCUAUCUCUGAUAUCAUCGACCGCUCGAGCGGCGAUUCUCUGAAGCCAUUCGUCACCCAGAUCACCGGACCUCUCAUUCGUGUUGUGUCGGAACGCAGUGUCGACGUCAAAGCCGCCAUCCUGCUCACUCUCAAUUCUCUGCUGCUCAAGAUCCCCACGCACCUCAAGCCAUUCUUGCCGCAGCUGCAGCGGACAUUCGCAAAGAGCUUGGCGGAUACGUCCAGCGAGACUCUGCGAACCCGCGCGGCGAAAGCGCUGGGCACGUUGAUCACGUUGACGCCCAGAAUCGACCCGCUUAUUUCAGAGCUUGUUACUGGUGCUAGAACCACGGAUGCGGGAGUUAAAGAUGCUAUGCUGAAGGCGCUGUAUGAGGUCGUUGGUAAGGCGGGUGGGAAUAUGGGUGAAGCUUCCAAGACUUCUAUCUUGUCCCUGGUCGAGAAUGAUCUGGAUGAGGAUGAUGAGGCUACCGCUAUCGCGAGUGCGCGUUUACUCGGUGUGCUAGUACGGCAUCUGAGCAAAGACGAAGCCUCGAAAGUGCUGAAGAGUCGUGCGUUGAACCCGGCAUACACCAGGGUUUCUGUGUUGGGCUUGAACGCUGUCUUACUCGAGUCACCCACUGUGCUCCAGGAGUCUACGUUCGCCGACGAUACUGCCCAUAUCAUUGUCAAUGGAAUCGGUCACAAGACACCUUACGUCUCGGACAACUGUACUCUGGCUGCUGGAAAGUACCUGCUCUCCGAAAACACCAGCAAGGGCUUUGAGACGGUGAAGAGUAUUCUCGAGGCGCUAGCCACGGCGAUUAAGGGACCAGCCAGCAACUCAACUGACACCAAGCGGCUGGCACUGGUUGUGGUACGGACAAUCGCGCGCAAGCACGAAGAGCUCGUACGACCCCAUCUCUCGAUCCUAGCGCCCGCCAUUUUCUCGUGCGUCCGCGAUAUGGUGAUUCCCGUCAAGCUGUCGGCAGAACAAGCCUUCAUCGCAAUGUUCCAGGUGGCGCAGAAGGGCGAUGCCAUCUUUGACAAGUACAUCACGACAGUGGAGGGCCCGCAGAAACGCAGCAUGACCGACUACUUCAAGCGUGUGGCGGUGAAGUUAGCGGCCGCAGAGAAGGAUAGAGAUGAGGCGGGUGGAGCGGGUUUGGGAUUGAAUAGCGAUGAGGACGAGGAUAUGAAGGAGAUCAUGGGUGUUGGGUUCGGUGCUUAGAUUACCUAGCACUGUGGGAUGGAUAAAAAGUGGAUAUAUUUUUUGUUGGGUUUUCUUUUUCAGUUGUACGGGGGGUUUUUAUUAUGGGGGUUUUCUUUUUAUGUUAUGUUGGGGACAUGGUGGUUUCUACCAAUCAAUACCAACGUUUUUGUAAAACAUCUCUUUGCUUUGGAUCAAGGCGAACCUGUUCAAAACCUGCU